AUGGCAAAAAAUAAUAAUACAACGAGAAAUGCAAGAAUUUAUCUGUCAGAUAAAUCAAGCGUAGGUUCUAGCGCGAAGUAUGAGUUUGAUGCGACAAAGCAUGAGGAACGUCAUACGCGAGUAAGAGAUACGUCAUAUGCGGGUAUCUUCCAACACCAUUACAGAACUGCUCGGCCAAAUUUUAAUCAACCUCAGACCGACAUAUUUUCUUCCAAUCAACAUAAAACGCAUCAAAAGCUGCCACAGCUGCCACAACAAAACUUUCGACCAGUACAAUCACAUUUCCAGCAACAACAAGCUCCACAGUUUGAUUUAAAAAAUAAGCAGAGUCGAUAUCAAAUACGACAUUUUCAACGACUUAGACACCGUCAACAACGUCAACAACAUCCUCCUCUGAAACAACAAACUCCUACUCGCCACCAACAAGAUUUUCAUCACAAACCUCAACAUCAACAACAACAACAACAACAUCAACAACAACAACUUCAACAGCAACAACAUCAACUGCAACAACAUCAACUGCAACAACAAAAACAAUACAUAAAACGUCACAAAAACUUACAUCAGCAACAAAAUCAGCAGCACAAAAAACGUCUUAAGCCAUUUCGACUUCUUAAACGGCCUCACUAUUACAAUCGACUUAAUCAAAAGUACCAGAAGCAGUUUAAUCAAUAUCUAUCGCAACUUCAACAAAAACAGCAUCAACAACAACAACAUCAACAACAACAGCAUCAACAGCAACAUCAGCAACAACAACAGCAACACCACAAAUCACAAAAAUAUCAAAUACCUCAACACCAACAAAAGCAGGAUCGUAAACAACAACAAAAAAAACGGCCACUACAACAUAAACAACAACAACAACAGCAUCAUCAUCAACGGCCUCAUCAUCAGCAACAACAACAACUACAACAUCAGCAACAACAACAACAACAACGGCAUAAACAACAUCGGCAACAACAGCUACACAACAACGGACAGGAAAUUUCAAGGCAAUCAGAAAACAAGCAAGGACAAAAAAAUAGAUGUAAAAAAAGAAAAUCACUAAAGAAAACUGUUGUAGGGAGGCAGUCAUCUGCUUUUCAUCAUUUUAAAAGGCAAAAUAAACGAGAGAAUGAUUUCAAUGUUAAUCCUCAUUAUGAUGUUUCUCUCAAAAAUUUAAACGUCAAAUGGAGCAGUGACGCGAGAAGUGCGAGAAACGACUGGCUCGGUUAUAAUGGAAAUCGAACUAAAAAAAAUAAGUCAAGAGUAUCAUUGAAUAAAACUUCAAAAAAUAUUUAUAAAAAUUUAAAUGUCAAAAACAAAAGCAAGAGAAAUCUUGGAAAGAUUGUUAAUGAGACUAAUGAGGAAAUAAACCGCAUCUUGAAAAGUUACUCAACUGCCAACAAACAAGCCAAGUGCGUCAUCUGCAAGGACAAAACCAUCAUCAUCAACAACAACAGCAUCAACAACUAUAGCAGCAUCAACAACAAUAACAUAAGUGACAACAAUUUUAAUGACACUAAUAGCAAGAAUAUCCUUGAAGAAAGUUAUAAGGAAGAUACCAAAGACAAACUUAGUAAAGUUGCUCUUGGAAAUAUAAGCGAGAUAAAUAAGAGUAGCGCUAACAACAUCGUUCCUGACAAUUACAAUCACAUCAAUAUCACUACAACCAAAAGCAGUAACAAUUUAUACACAAGCAGCAAUUUUUAUAUUCAAAAGGGUGACAGCAACGCUCGCAACAACAACAACAACAGUGACGUUAAUAACAUACGCAACGUUAAUAACAUCAACAACAUCAGCAGCAGCAACAAAAAAAACCAACUGAAUGACAUUCGCAUAAACGAUGCAUCAAAAAAUUAUAAAGCCAGUCACCAUCAGCGUUCCUUCAAAUCAUCCUCUAUAUUCAAGAAGUUUCCGACGUCACUGAAGGGCCAAUAUCUAUUUGCUUCUCCAAACCCUUCCAUCAUCUCUUUCAAUAGAAUUUCACCAUCAACACCACCAUCCAAAUCAUCUUCUUAUUUCUUAUCACCUUCACUGCUACAACCGCCAACUAUCAAUCAUCUUCAUACUACCGGCACAACAAUCCCAACUACUCAAUCAACAGCACCGAGUACUUUCACAACUUCCACGCCAUCAACAAUAGCGGCAACAACAACUACAACAACAGCAGCUACAACAACCACAGCCACUCACGUCUCCAGUAAUUUUCGUGAGGAAAGCUGGAGAUGCAAGGAACUGAUUGAGAGCAAAUCUUUUGUCAUCCCACUGCAGACAGCGCAGUUGAAAAGUGGAAGCAGGACCAGGAACAACGCCAAGCAUCUCUACAGUGCAGAUGAUAUUAAAUGGAGCAAAGCCGAUGCUAACGAUCUUCAUAACAACGAUGACGAUGAUUUAGAUGAUGACGAUGAACAUGACGACGACGACGAUGUUCAUCUUGGAAGCCAUAUUGAAGAUGGCUUUGACAUUGACAUUUACGAUGGCGGUGACGUCAUUAAAGAUGGCCCACUAUUGAUUGACGAGCACAUGAACAAUAACAAUAUCGUUAACAGCAAUGAUCUAAACAAAAAAAAUAAAAACAUUUGGAAUUUUAAGAGAAAACUAUUAAAUAACAAGUUUAACAAGAGUAGCGUUGACAUUCAUAUGAAAAACCUUGAUCGAGAUGAUGCAUUUAAAGUUAAUUACAACAACUUUGGUGAUAACAUCGCUGAGAUACAUAUAAUCAACGAUCUUGAAUUACUUGCUUGCCCACUCAUUCCUAUCUCCAUCUCGGUAGUUACCCAUCAUGUGCUGGAUGUCGGUUGCCUCAAUCAAAAUUUUAUCGAUCAAAUCAUAGCUCGCAUCUUCAUUAUAGUUACGUUGAAUCAAUACAUUUUUUCCAGCAAACAACACGCCCGACGAAUCGUAGCGAAACUAAUCGUUGAAUUCCCAGCUGAAUCAACUUUCUUCUCCGUUCUCUGUGCUUUUUAA